UUUACGCGUGGACUCUAACCAUCAUAAGAUUUUCCGGUGCUUCCGUCAAGAUCGUCUCACUCGAGGCGGACAAACCGCUGGAGCAGCAAUCGUCGGCACGCCGGAAGCCCAGUGGAAGGCCCGGUAUCUGAUGCGGGAAGAGGGCUUCGUGUCCGGCACCGACGACGUGAGAUUAACCAUGGAGAUCUUGGUGCCGAGUGCGCAGGUCCGACGCAUCAUCGGCAAGGGUGGCCAGAACGUGCGCGAGCUGCAGCGGGUCACCGGAAGCAUAAUCAAACAACCCGAGCACACGUCCGCGAUGCACGUCCACACGUCACAUGUUGAAAAAAUAACCGAUUGCAUACAAAUUGAAGACGUUUGAGAUGAUUGCAAACAAGAAUUCGAUGCAUUUUCUUCUUUGUCUAUUCAUCAACGGUUAACCUGCCGGCGUAGGAUGGCUGAAUGGCACUCGUAGCGGCCCGACCGCUCCCAAAAGCAGAUAGAUCAGUACUGGCCGGGGCCAGGGAUCGUGCCCCCGAAGGAUGAUGGUGGGAUCUCACCGUCCCGAACGUCACCGAGAAGGGAACUCCAUGCCAGAUGGACCAGGUGUGUCAGAUGUACCAGGUGGAUAUAGUGGAUUAUGCAAUAGUGUGUGAAUAUUGUGAAAUUGUGAUAUUUUAAUGAAUUAUAAAUGUGAAUAAAGCAAGCAAA